GCGGCGCGGUCACUUCAACCGCCUCGACACGAGCACCGCCCGCGGUUCUGGCUCAGCCUCCGUUGCGAUGGAGGAGGAAAGGCUGAUGGUGCUAUUCGGGGACGACUCGGUGGAGGUGCACUACGCGGGGGGGUCCCGCUUGCUGCUGUCUCCUUGUGGCUCCGAGUAUCUAUACGAAGCGGCGCUCCCCGCGGCCGCCCACCCGCUCCAGCCGGCGGAGACCACCCGCCAGCGGGUCGCCUUCGUCGUCAGUGGCUACCGGGAACAACUUCAACGGGCUCUAGAUUUCCGGAACGCGUUUUCUCCUCGCCCGUACUUGCCUUCACGUAUUAUACCUCCAGAAAGAAAAAAGAUUCUUCCCAGGGAUAUCUUAGAAAUUAAAUGGCCUGACCCUGUGACAGCAGAUCUGACAAGAUGUUUAGACAAUGGCAGUGUGAAGAUCUCAUCUGUAGAUGGCUAUGCUCACCUUUACUUGUCAGAAUUGCAGCAAGAAUUUACAGUGGAGUUCUUAUGCAGAGUGAGCCAGUCAUCUGCAGCAUCUUCAUGCUCCUCUGAAAAGAAAAGCAGCCAUCAAACUGGUGGAAAACCAAGUGAAAAUUCUGCUGCAGAAAUGUCAUCAAAACAAGCAAGAAUAGAGAAUAAGAAUAAACCWUGUGCUGAAGGUCAAUACAGGAAGCAAACUAAACCAAAGGACCAAGGAGAUGGAGAUGGAGUCCCUUUGCUUUACACAAAUUCUUCAUCCGAAUACACAUGGGUUACACAGCAUUGGACUGUUUCCUGCUGCCCUGAAGAAUGGAAAUACCCUUUGUCCUUGGCACUAAAGCACUGUAACUUACAGACUGUGAAGAAUGUAAUGAAGACGURUGAGAAAAAUUGCCACACAGCCGUCAAAGGUGAUGUUUUAGCAGAACCUGAAACACAUGAAACAGUUUCUCAUUUGCCUACAGCUUUGCCACUCAGUUGCAGAGCCCCACAUUUACACAGGUGGACAUUCUGUGACUUCUUUCAGAAUGAAGAUACAGAGAAGUAUUCAUUCCCUCAGCUAAUUCAAGUUGUCUGGUGGCAGGGUGUUUUCUACAGAUUUAUCCAUGGUAGGACAAACAUCACAGAAAUUUAUCCUGGUGAUAACUCAUUUUUCAAGUCAGAGGGAGCAUUUUUGGGAAAAUACUUCGUACAUUAUGMAAUCCAAAAAGGAACAAAAAAGGUGGAAGAAAAGAUGUAUUCAGUGAACAGCCUGCCUCCUGAUGUGCCAGGAAAUCCAUACUCUAUAUCCUCUCUUAUUACUCAGGCAACUAGAAUACUUCGGUAUUGCUGCAAAACAAAACUAUCAUUAAGUCAUAACUGUUAUCUCUGCUGCUGGAAAGUGGUACCUGAGACAGAUGGACGGGAAAUGUUGCCAGUUUUGCUGUAUGAAAAGGUUAUUCCCCGCAUAGGAAGACUCAUUGUGUACUCAGAUUAUAAAAUCCAUGCUGUUUUUUGGGAUGGGAUGACCCUCACUAUGGUUUGGGAUUUCAGCUCUUGUAGUGAGAUCCAGAUAAAUGAAGAUGUAGGCUGGUGUAAGUUAACUACUCCUGAUGGGCUACAGCAGCUAAUACAAAUAAGUCAUCCUGGAAUCUAUGAAAGGUACAUCAGAACAGCAAUAGAAUGGUGCAGAAAUUUGAAUGACAGGAAAGAGACUGCUGAAUAUACCGCACACUCUGUAACUGAAGAAAAUUGGUCCGCUGAUGCUGAGCUCGAAAAAAUACAGAGAUUUAAUUUUUUAUUAGACAAUAGCAACAUUCUGAAAAGGACAUCUGUUGCAAAAUCCAACCCAUCUGGUAUCACUGGCAAAAAAAAAGAAAACCCCAGUGAAACGGAAGAACUCAGUGAAGGUUUUGUCUUGGAGGCUUUGGAAAAAACUUCUAAAGUCAUUCGGGACAUUGAAUCUCUGCUUACGGCUUCUGGGAAGUGAAGCCCCCAGCACA